AUGCUUGUGCUCAAGGAAUGUGUAGUGUUGUCGGACCAGGCUUCAUUCCCCCCAAUUAUAUGCUUCCAAAUUAAUUUUCCGGCCAAAACCAAGAUCGAGCAGUGGCAACAUAGGACCAUAACAUGUGUUGUAGCAUCUGCCGAUGAAAUGCUUUAUAGAUCUGAGUCGUGGGGGUGUAACUACUUUUCUUCAUCAUCAUUAGCCCCAGAUCUUCUCCCAAUUAUGUUUUCCAGUAUCCGAUCUGUCUGUCUCUGCCAUGUUUUCUCAGAUCUGGCCACCUUUGAACUCAGGUUUCCUGGCCUAUGUUCUGUCUCUAAUCUCUAUCACUUAGCUGGUUCUUCAGUCUUAGAAGACGAAGCAAGUGGACGAUCCCCUUUUCAUAAAGUUGAAGCCCUGGGGGGGUUUGCUUUGUGUUUUCCCAUGCAUGAUAUGGUGGAGAGGGAGAAAGGGAAACUGCUGGCUGGGUCAUGCUUGUUGAAUUCCCAUACAGCUAGCUUUUAUGGUCACAGAUAA